AUGUCUCAGAGCCCUAAUAAGGAGCCUAUCGAGCCAGGCCAUUUUAAAAAAUGGUUUAGCCAAGUUGAAGAUAGGGUAACAAAACUUGAAAGUAGUUCCAAAAGUCAGAUAAUUGGUCAGGUAAAGCCUCCAAAGCAUCCUAAGAAUGAUGCUACAACUUCUGGUGAGGAUUCUAGAAACCUGGAAGUAACUAAGAUACCUGAAAAGAUGGAGACAAUUUCUAUUCAAGACAAAAACAAGAAGUGAAAAACAUUUGCGAUGAAACGAAAGUCGGCUGAUAAUGCACCUUCUCCACUAAAUAGUUCUAAGAAAGUGCCUAAGAGUAGGAACUCUGAUCUUCACAUGAACGAUUACUCGUCUUCUUCUUGAGUCUUGCCGGUGAUUAAUAGACAAAGAGUUCUAAAGAAGCAGAGGUACUUAUCAGGCUUGACUAAGCUAAACAUUGACAUUGGCAAAGAUUGUAUGAACCAAUCCAGGUAUGGGUUACCAAAAGGGAAACCUUUAAUAAAACUUUCGAAUUCUCGAAUUGCUCUUGACUCAUCCCAAGAGGAGUUUGCUCCAACUCUGUUAGGUACUUCUCAACCUGGAAGUCCUCUAUUAUAAAGCCAAAUAAUUCCCCUCCCAGCCAAACACUUGCAGUUCACCCAAAACUUUACUCAAAACACAAUCACAACACCCUGAAGCCGAACUCUUCUUCAAAGAAGAAUAACCUAGGGUCCUACCCUCGCAGGUAUUCUUUAAAUGUUGUAAAGGCUACUGGCAAGAAUACAGACUUUGCACAAGGGGGUCUAGCGGCUACCUUACCAUUGCUUGAACAACCAAGUCCUUUAGGUCAGAAGGAUGAACAGCUUUUGAAGGUACCAACAAUCAAUUCCAGGAACGACAGUAGUUCUCAGGAGAGCAAGUCAAAAGUCAGUAAUGAUGUGAUCAGGAUUCAAAAGGGGAUAAAAAACACAAAAGAAGAAGAGGUUCAAGAGAGUCCUAAAAAUGCCCAACCCCAAGUGCGCAGACUCAGAGGUCUCAUUGGUCUAAUCCACCGCAAGUUACCUUUAACAAGGACCCUCAACCUCUCAAAGGGACACUCCAAAGUUAGGUCUUCUGAAAUAAUCACUGCUCUUCCAGACUCUCAAUCCUUAAAAAUCCUCAAUCGCAAGAAGAAGACCAUCAUGAAGGUAAUUCCAGGAAAAAUGAGCGAACAAAUUCGAGAGAAAAUUCAGAAAAAGAAACGUAGAAUGGCCCUUCAAAGAAUUCGUGACCAGAAUUCUGCUCAGCCAGGAGAUAAAAAGUUGAUGUUUAAGUCCAAAGUUAAAAUCAGGAGGCUGGUUAACCCCAACGUGGUCAAAAGUUUUAUAAAAACAAGGAAUACCGAUCUGGAAACAUCCCUAUCCAUGUCCAAAAUCAGCAUGGUUCAUGGGAGAACGGAGUGGUAGGGACCAGCCUUUGAAACUUACUUUACUAUUAGUAGAGUUAUAUUUACACUAUCAAUUAUGAUCCUAG